CCCCCGCCGCACGCGCUGCACGGUCUCUCGCCCGGCGCCUGCCACGCGCGCAAGGCCGGGCUCCUGUGCGUGUGCCCGCUCUGCGUCACCGCCUCGCAGCUGCACGGGCCCCCCGGGCCGCCCGCGCUGCCGCUGCUCAAGGCGUCCUUCCCGCCCUUCGGCUCGCAGUACUGCCACGCGCCCCUGGGCCGCCAGCACUCGGCUGUGUCGCCCGGGGUCGCUCACGGCCCGGCCGCCGCCGCCGCCGCCGCCGCCGCCGCUCUCUACCAGACCUCCUACCCGCUGCCCGACCCCAGGCAGUUCCACUGCAUCUCCGUGGACAACAGCUCGAACCAGCUGCCCAGCAGCAAGAGGAUGCGCACUGCGUUCACCAGCACGCAGCUGCUGGAGCUGGAGCGCGAGUUCGCCUCCAACAUGUAUCUGUCCCGCCUGCGCCGUAUCGAGAUUGCGACCUACCUGAACCUGUCCGAGAAGCAGGUGAAGAUCUGGUUCCAGAACCGUCGAGUGAAGCACAAGAAGGAGGGCAAGGGCAGCAGCCCCCGCGGCGGCGGCGGCGGGAGUGCCACGGCCGGCGGGGGAGCACCACCGCAAGGCUGCAAGUGCGCGUCGCUCUCCUCAGCCAAGUGCUCCGAGGAUGAUGACGAGUUGCCCGUGUCUCCGUCCUCGUCGGGGAAGGAAGACCGGGAUCUCACGGUCACUCCCUAG